AUGAUUAACCAGAAAGAUUAUUUUUAAGAAAGCAAGCUAAAUGUAAAGCUAGAUGGAGCUAAUAACUCUUCUUUUUAUGAAAUAAGUAAAAAGAUUGACUCUACUUUUAUCAUUGAUGAGUUUAAUGAUAGUCAAGAAAACUAUUUGGAGUAUUAAAAAGAGUAGAAGGUAGAAAUUUCAGAUAAUUAAAAUGAAUAAAUUUAACAAUAAAGCUCAUCUAGUUAAGUAAAUUAUUCUUCAAAUGCUGAAAAUAAUUAUGAUGAUGAUAUUGCAGAAAAUAAUGAAAAUCAUGAAAAAUAAAAGAAUUUUUAAUAAAAGACGGAUACAAAAUUAGCUAAUAACUUCAGUAUAUUUGAUACUUUAAUGAAAAACCACAAAAAAAAUGGUGAUAUCGAAGUUAAAUAGUAUAAUUAAUAACCAUAAUAUAAAAAAUGCUGUACUGUUAACAGUCCUUUAAACAUUUCAAAAAAGUAAGUUGUUACUGCAUCAUCAUAUAAAUCAAGAAUUUCUUAAAAGUAAUUUAUAAUUAACUUUUGA